UCUAUACCAAGUACCAACUAGACUCAUAUUUGCUAGUAGUUCAUUAAAUUUGCAUCUUCAAUGGAGACUAAAGAAAAUCAAUACCAUAUAGCUUUGUUUCCAUGGUUGGCAUUUGGUCAUAUUAUACCAUUUCUAGAGUUAUCAAAGAGUUUAGCUUCAAAUGGAAACGGUGAUAUUCAAAUAUCUUUCAUAUCCACUCCAAGCAUCAUUAAAAGACUACCACCAAUCUGUCCGCCCAGUUUGGGGGCUCGUAUCAAUUUCUUAUCAAUUGACUUGCCUUCGGUUAAUAACUUACCUGCAGGUUGUGAAGCAACUGUUGAUUUGAAAGAUGGGGAGCAAACCCAAUAUCUUAAGAUAGCAUACGAUUUAUUACAAGCGCCGGUUGAGACGCUAUUGCAUGAAAUCAAACCUGAUUUGAUAAUAUUCGAUCUUAUCAACUGCUGGAUACCGGACGUAGGAACUAAACUCCAUAUUCCUACUGCAUUUUUCAGCGUGUUCGCUACACCAUUGCUUGCGUUUGUUGGACCACCGUCGGAAUAUAAAGAGUCGAACACGACUCGCACACCGGAGUAUUUAACUUCUGUACCGGAAUGGAUUCCUUUUCCUUCGAGUCUUGCAUAUCGAUAUCAUGAAGCUGUAGGGGUGAACGAAAUUCUGAACACUAAAGAUGCAACUGGGCUUUCAACAGUUGACAGAUUUGUAAAAGUUAUUGAAGGUUGCAACUUCGUUUUAGCUAGAAGUUGCAUAGAACUUGAUGGAGAUUAUUUGAACCUCCUCAAAGAUCUCUACCAGAAACCGGUUUUUCCGAUGGGUUUACUACCGCCUCCUGUGCAGGGUUCAUCGGUUAAGAGCAACUCCGGUGAUUCAAGUAAGAGUUCUAAUUCUGAAAUGUUCGAUUGGUUAGACAAACAACAACCAGAAACUGUUGUUUAUGUAGCAUUUGGAAGUGAGUACAAAAUAGGCAUUAAGCAAAUUCAUGAACUAGCAUAUGGGUUGGAAAAUUCGGAGUUACCGUUCUUGUGGGUGCUAAGGAAACCAGAAGGUAUUGAUGAAUCAAGUCUAUUACCAUCUGGUUUCGUGGAUAGAAUCAGAGGAAAAGGUUUCAUGUGCUUUGGAUGGAUCUCUCAAGUAGAGGUUUUAGCUCAUAGUGCAAUUGGUGGGAGUUUGUUUCACUCUGGAUGGGGAUCUAUUUUGGAGAUUCUCUUCUUUGGUCAUAGCCUGAUCCUAAUGCCAAUGAUCAUUGACCAAGGAAUAAAUGCUAGGUUCUUAGUCGAGAAAGGCCUUGGUUUCGAAGUUGAAAGAAACGAAGACGGUUCCUUCACCAGAGACGCAGUUGCAAAAGCAAUGAGGAUUGUGAUGGUAGAGCCAGAGGGACAGCAACUGCGACAGAGGACAACUGAGAUGAGUAAAAGCAUUUUCUCAAACCAAGGUCUCCAUGGGGAUUACGUACGCAAAUUCAUUUCUUCAUUAGGCCAACUGCUAAGUUAAUUGCUUCAGAUGCCUCUAGCGGUGAAAUCUUCGGGUGUUGUUAUCAAGUACCAAUAUCAACCGGUUGUUUUAGUGAGAAAAUAAAUCCUUGGAGAUGUUUCAUUUUCAUUAAG